AUGUCUCACAUCUUUUACCGUAACGAGGCAUCUCAUCAGAAUGGCAGUACCACGACAGACGGUACUAGCACCACCUACGGAAUAGACACCCCAAGCCCCACCGAUGACAGUAUGUUGCCCGGCCCUGUGGAGACAUCGUCGGCACCAGAGCCCACGGUCUUACUGUACGAAAUUCAACAGGCUGCCGAAGACAUAUCGCAGCUCGUCGGGCGAUUCGGAUACAAGAUGGCACAAACGCUGAAGAUUCCUUCCAUCAAAAAGGAGUUUUUCGCGAACCGGGCAUUGCUCUGGCUACCGUGCCUACAGUACGCCGACAACUUUUCCUGUGUAGUCACAAAACUCCACGCCAAGUCGACCAACUACACGACCUCGGCACCGCUGCUAUGGUGGCUCUGGGACGAAUUACUCGACCACCUGCUACCGGCAGUCUCUUCGCGGGGCUGCAGGCUCGAAUUCAGGGUCGCCCGCGAGACCACAAUCGUCCUGCCCUACACGGUCACCAUCAACCUCUCAUCCAAAAACGGCAGUGAUAACAUCGAGUUCACCGCAUCAUACGGCGGGCCAUUCCACGAGCGGCGCAUUUUCGAUGCUCCUAUCACCCAAUUUCGCUUUCCCGAGUCGACAAGGUACGGCAAGUCGACCACGGCUACCCUGGACAUCGACCAACACCCGUACGAAGCAGACCUUGCUCACAUUUUGAACUACCUCGUGCCCCGUCAAGGUAGCAUAUGGCGGUGCGCCAUGAAGGCCUUCCCUUCAGAGCAAGAGGAGAAACUGGUCAUCGCUCUCGCCGGAACUUGCAAGGCCAAAGACGACCGCUUCUUCAUGUCGAAGGACCAAGAAAACCAGUGCCAGAACCUGCUCCAGCGCUUCCCGGCCGAUGCCAAGGAGUACAUAGCCGACGAAAGGCUUGUAGGAAAGGAGCAGGGACCGUACAGCAAGACUGCAUUUCAGCCCCCAGGUCCGAAGGAUUAA